AUGGAUCCUCUAAGAAGUAUACCAAUCUCGCUAAACAGUAGUUCGAUGCCUACUGUUUAUGCUCAAAUGAAUGGAAGUUGCAAUAAUCUUGAGUAUUACCGAAACAACUCUGAAUUGGAUAGACGUAGAAGUGAGGAAAGAUUACUGAUCAAAGAAAGACCAUCUCUUUGUCCAAAAGCAACAGAGGAAAGUUCAGAAUCACAUGAUUCCUCUUCUGGUGACGAAACAAAAUUAAAUGCAAUUACAAAACCUAAUGGAGUAUGUUGUCAAGAUGUUCAAAAUUUAAACCAAACAGUGUUAUCAACGCCUAAUGGAGAAGAAAAUGAUGAAAAUAACAGCAACAAUAUUCCAGAAACAAAUAACUUAACAACAACGCCCCUUUUACAUCAAAACAAUACUACACUUACAAAUGGGUCACCACCACAACAAGAACAAUUAACACAACAAAAAACAUGCAAUAGCAGUAAUUGUAGUAGCAACAGCACAACUAAACGUGGAUUAGCUGCAUCACUGCUAAUGCGCAUUUUAGGAAAAGGAUUCUGGAUGAAGAAGAAACGCGCAGGGGGUACAUACGAAAAGCGAUUAUCUUUGGAAAUCAAAGCAGCAAAAACUGUUGCAAUUGUAACAGGAUGUUUUAUUUUCUGUUGGUUGGGAUUUUCUAUAUAUUAUGGAUUAACUGCAUUUGAUGUGCAUGUGAAUGAAGUAAUAUGGUCAAUAUUCUUUUGGCUGGGAUACUUAAAUUCUGCAUUCAAUCCGGUUAGUUUUAAAAACAAAAAUCUUUUGUAG